AUGUCAGCCAAAGCGAUCGCAGAAUUUGAUGCAAAGGCAAUACUAGCAUUUUGGCUGAAACAUGCAACACCACUAUUAUCCUGUGAUUCACCAGUACCGGAAGCACAAGCACAACCGCUUGCACCAAUCUGUACUCUGGAGGACCAAGAAAACACAAGUUGUGGAGCAUAUACAGCGCAUACAAGUGAUAAAAUAGAAAAUAUAGCAGAUAAAACAACGCAUAUAGUCCAUAUUUUGAAUAAAACAGAAACAACUUACCCGUGGGUACUCUCUAAACAGCUCGUUAUAAAACCAGAUCAGCUUAUUAAGCGGAGAGGAAAACUUGGACUUAUUGGAAUCAACUAUAAUUGGGAUGAAGUAAAGCAAUGGAUAAAAAAACAUGCAGGCAAAAAACAGACAGUUGAACGUGUUACAGAUGCAUUACAUACAUUUCUUUGCGAACCAUUUGUACCACAUCCACCUAAUACAGAGUUUUAUAUUAGCAUUGUUUCAGAACGAGAGGGUGACUGGAUCCAAUUUACACAUGAAGGCGGUGUGGAUAUAGGCGAUGUAGAUAGCAAAGCAGAACGGUGGUUGGCGCCUAUUGAUUUAUCUGAAUUCCCAACACGUGAAACACUAGCAACAGCACUAUUAAAAAAAGUUCCAUUAGAACUACAUGAUGUCUUAACACGGUUCAUUGUUCGACUAUACACAGUCUUUGUUAUAUGUCAUUUUACAUAUCUUGAAAUCAACCCACUUGUCGUAAUGCAAAAUACAGAAAAAAACAUAGAAAUAUAUUAUCUAGAUGUGGCAGCAAAAUUGGAUCAAACAGCAGAAUUUGAAGCAGGAGCCAAAUGGGCAGCAGCAAGAGCUCCUCAUGCAUUGAUAGGCGCAGUAUUGCAGCCACAAAACACUGUUAAUGUAGAUUCGGGACCACCUAUUGUAUUUCCAGCACCUUUUGGGCGAACAUUAACAAAGGAAGAGCAAUAUAUUGCAAAACUUGACUCAAAGACGGGCUCAUCACUUAAACUAACAUUGCUAAACCCUUCAGGACGUAUAUGGACGCUAAUUGCAGGAGGAGGCGCAAGCGUUAUAUACGCAGAUGCAAUUUCAGUUGCAGGAUAUGCAUCUGAACUAGCAAACUAUGGAGAAUAUAGUGGUGCGCCGACGGAAACUCAAACAUAUGAAUAUGCACGCACAAUUUUUGAUCUUAUGACUCGCGGCCCUUUACAUCCUGAUGGAAAAUAUUUAUUCAUUGGUGGAGGUAUUGCAAAUUUUACAAAUGUUAGCAAUACAUUCAAAGGUGUAAUUCGUGCUAUGCGUGAUUACGCAUCUGCUUUUCAUGCACAUAAGGUACAAAUAUGGGUCCGGCGCGCUGGCCCCAACUAUCAAGAAGGUUUGCGAGCAAUUAAAGCAGCAGGAGAGGAGCUCUCUUUACCUCUAAAGGUUUUUGGUCCAGAAACACAUGUUUCAGAAAUUGUACACUUUGCUCUUCUUGGGAAACCAUCAACAGAACCAGUUAUUGGCAUUAAUUAA